AUGGCUUUGACUGAAGAAACUAUUUUGACUUUUUUGUUGGAACACGGGGGCAAAGUGAAGAAUUCGGAUUUGCUGAAUCAUUUUAAACCUCAGAUCAAUUGCUGUGAUCCCGCGGAAAAGAAGCACAAUAGGGAUCUAUUCAAGACAAUUAUAAACAGCGUUGCGGUCGUCAAACAGAUAGAUGAUGUCAAGUUUGUCGUUGUAAAGAAAAGGUUUCACGACUUUGUGAAAGGGGGAAUGCAUUUAACCACUGAGAAGUCGGACUUGGACGAGAGGAUUUGCAGUCAAAACACGUCGUUCUCACCCAGUUCUUCAGAACACAGUGAAUAUUCAGCCAUUUCCAAAUCUGGUAAGAUACUGAACUCUGACAUUGAAAAUAACAAUUCAUAUUGUGCUUCAAGCAUACAUGGAAAUUGUUUGAACGAUAAUGUAAAACAUAUGCCUCUGCAUAUAAAUGAAUUAGGAGGAAGACCAAAUGCGCACCCAGCAGGUUAUGGGGGUGCCGUUAGGUCAAGUAAGCCUAUUAAAAAUGCUUAUCAAGAAACCCCACAGUCAAGAUACUGAAUGUUUCAGCUGAUCAAGGGAUCAGAAAAACGGGAAAAACUACUGGCCCUGUGUUUGCUAUAGUGGCAGUGAAAUCUCCACCACAAUCACAGAGAGAAGAUCCAGUACUGGUGAGGCAGGAUGGACAGAAAACUUCAGAGAUCCUAAGCAUGUUGGAACAGAGACCUCCCACUCCUCUACCACCAGAGGCAGCCGUGACUCCUAAACCCCCAGGCAGAGUGAGCUCAGAGUGGGGUACAGGCACCUACACCUCCCCUGGGGCUAAAAUCAGACAUCCAGAGCUAGGAGAGACACCACAAACAUCUGGCUCUCCGCAGCUGAGGAGAACCCCAGACAAGCUCCUGAAACAGGGCAACGACACCACCAAUGAUCUCACCAAGGACGCCAAUAAGGUUAGCAAUAAGGAUGUCAAUAACUACUCUGAUCAAUCUGUCCCUUUGGAAGCUGCAGCUCAUGAGUGGCUGGUGAAGUCUGCUGCCGGUCUCUGGGGUCAGAUCUACGGCCUCCUGUUACAGGAUCCACAGCUAGCAGAGAAGAAAGAUUUCAUCUCAGGUUUCACUGCCCUCCACUGGGCGGCCAAGGGCGGCAACGCAGACAUGGUCCGCAACAUCCUGGACAUCUCCAGGAAGAGAGGCACGGAGGUGGACGUCAACAGCAGGACACAGGCAGGUUAUACUCCUCUACACAUCGCUGUCAUACACGGCCACGAUGGAGUCAUAACCUUGCUGGUGAGAGACUACGGAGCCAGUGUGAAUAUAAGGGAUAACGAUGGGAAGAGGCCGUACCACUACCUGGAGAAAGGUGUGUCGUCUGAGCUCAGGGAGCUGCUAGGGGACCCACAGGCGUCCCAACAGGACAGGCGUCAGGACAAGCCAGAGGAUGAGGAGGACAAGGAGUUACCCAGGGGACUGAAUACACUGAGCAGACUGAUAGGACACAGGAAGAGACACAAACACCACGCUGGUGAAGACCCAGAGGAUGACAGAAAGGAUGGGCCGCAGCCAUACUAUCGCAGACACUUCUCAGAUAUGUUCUAUCAUCAUUGA